GGCGGGCGGCGGCGGCGGGCGCGGGCGGGCGCGGGGCGGCGGGCGGCGGCCAACGCGCGGGAGCGGGACCGCACGCACAGCGUCAACGCGGCCUUCGGCGCCCUCCGCCGGCUCAUCCCCACCCGGCCGGCCGACCGGCGGCUCUCCAAGGUGGAGACGCUGCGCUUGGCCUCCAGCUACAUCUCGCACCUGGCCAACGUGCUGCUGCUGCAGCGCCGGCAGGCCGAGGGCUCCGACACCGCCCAGCCCUGCCCGCAGCCCGGCCCGCAGCCGCCCGGCCCCGCCGCUCCACGGCCCAUCUGCACCUUCUGCCUCAGCGAGCAGCGCAAGCGGCACCGGGAAGCAGAGAAGCCGCUGUCCGGCCCAGCUUUGAGCGGACGCUGAGCCGGGUGAGAAGGUCGUGCCGAGGGUGUACGGACUGUACGGCUGCCCCGGGCAACGUCGCUGGACUCUUGCUGUACGUUUACAUUUUUAGUAGCGCAGCCCUAAAAUAGUUGCUUUGUGAGCCUAUGUGCUUUGUUUCAGGUUGUGGCGGGUUUCUUCAGGGGAGCUGGCGAGCGACGCCGAGGCCCGUUGGGGCAGUCGCUCCUGGCGCGGCAGCUCUUUCGGUGCGAGAAACCUUACACCCCGGCAGCCCAGCCCUGACCCCGACGUCUCCUCAGCCUGUUGUCACACGGAUGAAACUUGAACUUCCAAACCACUCACGGUGUCUGCUGCCAGGGGGAAGCUGUCCGGGACACGCCGUGCCCAACGCCUUCGGCCCGGCUCGGGCUGCAGGCAGCGCGGCCGCCCACGGCUGCAGCUGCACCCUCGUUCCCGGGCUGGGGGUGACCCCGACAGCUGACGUGCCCGGGAGGCCCGAGUGGUGCCCCCACGGGCUCUUCUCAGGUGUCCGCAGAAAGCCAGGAAACUUCCAGAGAAGAGUUUGGCGUGAGGGUAGGCACGGCGGCACACCCACGCGGGAUGCCAGCGGGAGAGGGAAGCGGAGCAGUGCUGCAGAAGUGAUGCUCUUCUUGACGGUGCAAGUUGUGCAGGUCCUUCAAAUGACACGGGAUAUUCCUAAAUCUGUCUGGCAAGGAUGGGGCAGGGAGGGUUUCCCAAGGUCUCUCUGCAUUUACCCGUCACCCAGGUCAUUCCCAAAUUGUGCCUUGACAUCACCGAUGUCAUUCAUCUCCCUUCAGUUUAUUAUUAACUUGUAUACUUUUUAUUAGAAGCAAGUCUAAAAAAGCCAAUCUGCAUGCUGUGUUUUCAGUUUGGGACAUGAAUGAAGCAGCAGGCUAAAAUCUUAAACCCCAGGAACAGUAGAUUUUAAAUAUAUAUAUAUAUAUUUAUAGCUAGUUUAAUUUUGCCAUGUUCUUUAUAGUUAUUUAUAACCUAUUUAAUUAGGCCUUAAUUAAUCUUAACUUGAUACUUGGGGAGGCACUCUGUGUUCUUUAAAAGCUUGGUAACUGUACCACUCUGAGAAGUGCUGCAGAGAAUACCUCUCUCUUUUUUCCUCUCCUGAUGCCAUCUGUUCUGCUCUGGCCAGCCCUGCUGCUUCAGCCAAAUGUGAGGACUGAAGCAGCAGCACUGCCUUGCUCACUUUACUUUCUGUAUAGAAUUUCCUCCUCUUUCCCUAAAUAAGUGCAAAGGAAAUUCUAGCACUUAUUAUGAAGACCUUGGCAAGAACAGGGUCUUGCUAUAUAGCUCAUGCAGCUUCACAUACUUAGUUUCCCUUUUGCCCUCCCAAACAUGCACUGAACACCUUUCCUUUAGCAGGAGGAGGAAAAAUCAGCUGUACCUACAGGACCUGCCUUAAACUUCUCCUUUAAAAUCCUAAUUAAGAAAAAUACCAAAGCAAAGUUCCAGCAAUUCCACAUCACGUCGGUCUGCUCACUUUGUACAAGCUACAGGCUGUAUUUUAUUGUAUUGAGAAGAGGUUUUUAAAAGGUUUCUAUCAAUAUUUUUUUUAAUAGGGAACUUUAAAUUGCUGCCAGAUUAUGAUCUUUGUUUUGCUUUGGCAUUGAUUGGUGAAGCUGGAACUCUUUCAUGUUUAUACAGGGUGCCUUUUGAUUUUUUUAUUGUGUCAGCAUGUGUGUGUGGGUAUGGAUUUCUACAAACACAUCUUCCUGUUGUUUUGGGGUUUUUCAAUUAAUUUGAAAAAGUUUGUCUUUUAAAAACGUAUUUACUUUACAAUUAAAUCUGUCCUUACAGUUAAACUCUAGAGUUAAGCUCUACUUGAACACAUUAAACCAAAGCAUCUGACCUGCUUUGCAGACAAUUAACACUAAUCUUAUCAUUUAACUGUAUCAUUCAGUAUGAUACCCUCAAAUGGCAAAAACUAAUGCCAUUUCCAACAAUUUCAGGAAACUUUUCCAUUGAGUAUGCUGUAAACUUUGCCAUUCCUAAGAAAGACAAUACAAAUAAUUAUUUCAGGUUUUCAAAGUGUUGUGAUGUUACUGCAGUUUUAAGAGUAGUUCUUGACAAGUGCAACAUGUUUGGAUAUCACUAUGCUUACUUUUUAAAGGAAAUUAGUAUUUAAAAAAGUGAGAUCCACUUUUGCACCAUAGUUUUAGCUGAAAGCUCAUGACUCAAAACCCUCCUAAAUAAUUUGCACAAUUCUACAGGAAUUUGGUGUUCUCACUUUAACAUCUCCAUGCUUUUUAUAAAAGAGAGUCAUACAAAAUUCUGUUCAAUGACAAAAGCAGGAACAGGCAGUUACAGCUUGGCCAUCUCUCCUGUUUAAUGUGGCUCAGAGUAGCAUUAAAUUCUUCUCUCUUCACUCAGAAUAAACAGUUGAAUUCAGCUGGGCUUGAAGAUUUCAGUAUAAUGCUCAGGGUUUCAAUUACUAAAUAAUAUUGGAAUUCCAGUUACACUGAUUGACUAUGACAGAAGUUUGGCCCCAAGAGCACUGUGGCCCAAAUAUUCAUGGUAUAGACAGGUAAUAUCUAUCCAAAACAAUUAUGACAGUGAUUUCUCUGAGGAACAGACCCCAAACCUGCAUUUAGGUAUUUGUAACACUAUGUAUUUAAAUGAGGACAGAUCCUUACAUUUGGUAAAGUUUACUUAUAAUGUAAAACUUCUCUACCCCCAGGAGCAAAAAGAUACACGAUUGAGCUGUUACUUUGUAAUGGGUUUUGUAUAAACCUAGGGAAAAAUUACUCCGUUUCUAGAGACACAGAUUAAUUGAGUGCUCAGUUUUCACGUAUAAAGAGCUCACUCAUCAUUAGGCAUUUUAUUGAUGUUUUACUGUAUGGGUUUGUGUGUCUUGUCAGGUCUUAUUUUUUUAAUCACUUGGUGGAGAGGCAUUUUUCAUGGCAUGCACAAAUACGUAUUUAUAAGCCAAAAUUUUGAAACUCAUCUGUUAAAAAGCAAGUACCUUACUUGAUGGUCAGACUUUGGAAGGACUUGAGUUACUCCAGAGGGGCCAAGCACCCUCUUCUCCUGCUGAUGUUGUUUUUUCCAAGUAUUUGCAAGUGCAUUCUCUUCUAAAUGUAUGCCCAGGGGCAUGCCUAAUGCCAAUCCCAUCUUUGUUUUCCUGUGAAGACCUGGCUUUUCAAUUUACAUGAUGCAUGAAUAAAGCAGAAAUGGUGAGAUAUACACCAUUUCAUCUUAGAUCCUAUUAAAUGAUUGUUAAAAUAUCCCAAGCAUAGCACUUUGUAUAAAUCAUUUUACUUAGCUUGGUACAUCACAGCAUAAAACCAGCAUCAAACCAAAUUAAUAAAUCAUGUUGUUUGAUUUUACUGGCUAAGUCGAAACAAGUAUUUGGAACAUAGUACUUGGUUAUUUAUGAAUUAAUCAUUCAUGUAAGUCAAAGUACAUUCAUAUAUUAGCUACUGUUUUCAGUUCUGUUCUACAAAAAAGAAGUUUCCUUUCUAAUACCUUCUUGGAAAAUCUGCUUCUUUACAAAAAUCAGUAUGUUUUUUUUUCAAAAUGUGCUUAUAUUUGCUGAAAUAAACAGUAUUUUUGUUACUAGUUUGAACAAUAA